CGUUUACGAUGUGGAAUAUCUUCCUCCGACGUACAGCGUAGAGGAGGAUGUCAUGGCAUUGGAAGACAGGAGAAGAGGCGUUCCGGAGCUCCGGGGGGGAGGAUGUCCUCCCCCCUGUAUCGAUCGAGAGGCAUCGGGCGGGGGGGUGGAGAUGGCCCGGGCGCGGGCGUCAUCUGAGAUGCAGCGCUGGGGUAGGGCUCCGGGAUGGCCAGCCGGAGAGAUAUCUGAUGCGUGUCAACCAGGGACAUUGCAGGCGGUUUUAUUUGUUUUUGUUCCCUUGUGACGUCGGGGGUGGGGGGUGGGGGGGGGCACCGUGGGCGUCAAGGGCCCCGGGUGCUCCGGGCAGGUCACUUACGUACCGGUAGCGAACAUUGACCUGGCCAUCGCGCCGAGCGUGUCUAUUUUCGCUGGAGAGAUGUUUGUCAGGGGCGUGGUUCUGUCAAGCCCGUCUGGUCAUGAUCAUAUGCAUAUCUAGUAUUAACUAUUGUAUCACGGGUGUGACAUGAAGCACUGUCGAGGCCAAUUUUAUCGUCGAAAGUUGCUGCUGUCAUCGCCCUCCUCGUCAUGGCUCGCCUCGGCGACGGUUCGUUCUUUUUUGCCCGCUGUAUCGUUUGGGCCGUCCCCACGACUUGUGUGCUGUCAGCCGAGUGAGAGGAAGAACGCCGUUCCUGGGUUUCCUCCCCUGAUAAUUUGAGGGUACGUAAAAUCCCUCCGGGGACCUUGUGUGGUGGCUGUUUUGGUCUCUCGUCGCUUACAGCCCGGUGGUUGUUGCCGACCUGGGUGUGUUGUGGUGAGGGCGGGUUUCCUGCUGGGCAAUGAUGGUGCUGGAAUAAUCUCCUAGCUGACGUGAUAUUCGUGUAACCGGAGAACGCGAGUCGAUCGCUUCGGCGGUCGCAUCAUACGAUACGUACAAACUUCGGGCGCAUAGUGCUUUAUGGUACUCUUAUACUUUAUGCGCAACAUACAUCGGGGGGGAGGGGGGUAGAAGUUGAGUAUUCCGACUUAUUUGGUAUACUGGAGCGCCCGCUCAUCGGUGUUGGUGUGAGUUUUCGUAUCCGGUGGAGUUGAAGCAAUGUUCAGACAGAAAGUACAUGCCCAUAAUGUUUUAGAUACAUGUAUCGCCACCACCACGUUGUGGGGCGUUGCCGGAUAAACACGGGAGCGCCCGUUAAGGUGUGUGGUUGCUCGCUGCCCCACAAGGCACGGUUGUGAUUCGUUUCGGAAUAUGCACCAGGCAUCUUGUCCAGUCCCAGCCUGCGGGUGAGCUCGUGGCGAACACGUCUUCUCCUUUGGCGGGCGCCAACAUCGUUGUAGGUGUGGGUGUGUCUUUGGCCUCGAUACAACGUGUAUAGUCCCAAGCGGCCGCCACCAGCUAGAGCAUAACGGCACCGUGCCCGAAGAAAGGCAGGUGGUUUUCAUUGCUGCAAGUGGGAGGCCGGCAACGGCUGAUGGGCACCCACUUCUGCACCUCGCCGUUCCCAGUUUCUUUUUCAACGUUCGUAGAUGGUGAAGGGGUAAAUGGACACCAACCACUUCUCUGAACAGCUUUCGGUGCAGUUCUCUUUAGGUUCGGUUUCCCGAACGAAGUAAACAGAUGCGGCAGAAGUGUUCCUGGACCAUCCCCAAAGAUCCUGGCGCGUUGAGGUUCGGCCGACGGCAUGAAGGAUAGUGGCUUUCGCCAAAGGGUUGCCGCUACAUGGGGCGCGUCCGUAAGUUUGAGGUUAAAAGCCCCUGCGGCGCGUGAUAAGGGAGUGCCUGUGUUUGAAAGGUUUUCGGCGCCUUGUAGUUCGUGAAGCUGGCAUGCAUACGUGCUUUGUUUUGGGGGGCGGUGGGGUUAAUGUGAGACGAUGCCUGUUCGGCGUGUGUUGUCCUUCAUUGUUUUUCACGGGAGGUGCGAUGCCGCACUAGCAGCAGCAGCAGCAGCAGUAACCUGUACGCUUUGACUGACGCUGCGUUUUUUUUUUUCUCUUUCCAACUUGUUUUGGGUGUCGACUUGUUAGAUGUCGGGCAGAGGGGUUCUUUGGAGUCGGACGUGCGGGCCUCUUUUUUUGCAGCCUUUGGCAGUGUUGGUUGAUUACGGUGACUGUUCCGUGGUGAAGAAAGAAGGCGACAGAUAGGCGACAGGGGAUGAAUGCGAUACUUCUACUCGACAAGAGAGUGGACAGGUCAUCAUUCAUGCUUGUUUGUUGUCCCGAUACAGUAAAUAAUCCGCUCUUCAUUCUUCGUUGUAUUCUGGUGUAAUGCUUGUAUGCGCGUGUGUGUGGGUGUUCUUUUUCAUCCGAUUGAUGCUGUAUUCUUAUGCCCGUAAUGGCAGAAACAGCGAGCGGUGUGUCUGUGAGUGGAGGAGGAGCAGACGACCCGGCAGAACGAAGCGCAGGAACAUCGUCGUGCUUCGUGAUGGGAUGGACAAGUGUAGAAGAACGUGUGCCGGCGCCGUUGUUGCAAGUAUGAAGUGUCUACAAAUGAAGGAGUGAAUGGAUGCGCGUGAUUGUUACUAUGGUAGUUAUAAAUACGUACACGGGCUUCAGUUGAUUGAGGCCCCCGGGGGGAUAUUAUGAUGAUAGUUAGCAUCAUUUAUAUGCAUACAGGGAAAAACUCAUGGUCCAAUAUGUCAACAAAAGUACCUGGGUGAUUGCGUUUGUACCCGCCUGGCGGGGGUACCCUGAAGGGUACAGUAGGGUCAAUAAUGCCAUUCGUUAGUUCUUACGGGAGAAGAAUUUAUAACCCAGAG